AAACAAGCAGAAGUUAUUUUGAAACUCCUUUCAAGACGCAGUUCAGAGAAGAAAAAAGAAACAUCUUCAUUGUCAUUAUUCAUGCUGUGAACUGGUGAAGGACGAUGGCGUCUCUUGAAGAGCUGCUUCUGAAGUCGCUGGAGGAACUGGAAAAAGAGGAUCUGAAAACGUUUCAGUGGUAUUUAGAGAAAGAUCAUGAAUGCAUAUCAAAGUCUGACAUGGAGAAGGCAGACAGGAAAAAAACAGUGGAUAAGAUGGUGGCAUGUUUUGGACCAGAAGAAGCUGUGAAGAUCACGGUAGGCAUCCUGGAGAAAAUAAACCAGAAUGGUCUGGCUGAGCAGCUGAAGAAAAAACACAAGCCAGCUCAGGCGGAGGCUAAUAUGAAGACAUCUGCUCCUGUAGGAGCUGAUACAAAACAGAGCUCGGGUAAGUAAAAAUCACUGUCUGUACAUGAAAACAAGAGAAAUUAUAACUGUAAGCAGCAAUUACAGGGACAAGCACAAGAGUGGCAGAUAAGACAGAGUGUACAAUGCAUAUGGUUUACAAUGGUCUAAAAGCCUUAAUUAAAUCUUCUUGUAAUAUAAGUGUUUUUUUUAAGUCCAAUGCCCAAUAGGUGGCGCUGCCACCAAAUUGAUUCAGAAGCAUAAAAGCCUGAUUACAGUCCUACAUUUGCAACGGAAUUCGAGUGCAAGUGAUCGUCCUGCAUUUUCAUGUGGAAAACAGCAGGAUUUACUUUUUGAUAACAUCUGUGAUUCAUGAAAAACC